AUGAGCGAGGGCAUCGACAAAGUCAAAGCGGCCUGCCGGCUUGUAGCAUUGUGUACCUUGCGGGCGACUCUUGGAUGGAUGUCUCGCACUAUCUACGUGGAAACAGACGAAAGGAAGCACGGCAACCUGCCAAAUACCUACGACAAGUUUAUGCCGUACCUGAAGCCAGACGUGCUGUAUUAUCUCUCGAAAUUAUUCCACGACAGCACCACGACCACCGACAGUAGAGAUGUUGACAAGAACAGCUCGUCCACCUCGUCCUGGCACUACACCCAAUGCGUGAUGGCUGCGCAAGCGGGCUCAAUCUUGCGAGGCCGCACGGUGCCCGGCGGUCCAAACGUGCUCGCAAACGACGUCGCGAUUCGGGACACCGUAUCAAAUGUAAAAAUGUCUGGGUCUGGAAGAUUAGAACUUGUCAUGCUAAAUCUGAAUGAUGCAAAAAUCAAAAUCUGUGUUGCGUGAGUGCCAAAAGCUGGCCGCUUUUGACCAAGGUGAGAGGGAGUUUCUCAUGCAGGAAAGGCAUGAUAGAGACCUCAAAGAAUCUGUCAUGCUGGGUCUCGCAUUCCAGACCUCACGCGUCAUGGAAAACCUGCAUCACAAAUCUUGCACUCUUCCAGACCCAGACACUUUUGCAUUUGAUACACCGUGACGGAGCACGACCGCAUCGUGGUGCACGUCUCGGGGAAUGACAUGAACAGCAUUUUUAAGCAAGUUUUGCGCGGCAAGGGUUGCGUAGCGAUCGUCAAAUAUCCUGUGUAAAAACGUCCCCACCCCAUAGUCAAGUUGGUAAAUCUGCAACACAAAUCUCCAAGUUUUGGGAGUUUUGCAUGACAAGUUUCCAUCUGUAGCGUCGUGCUGUUUAGCAAGGGCAGCCGCAUGAGAAAGCCAGCCUCUCAUUCUGUUUACAGCAUUACAAAGUCCAAAACACGAUUGGAAAUGCCUCUCAUGCAGAUCCAUAUUACAAAUGUUCCUGUCAAUGCACAUUUGCAUGACAACUCUGGGGUGGGGAUGUUUUUACCCAGGAUAUCAAAGGAAUUGUGACUGGGUCUUUGAAGCAAGAAACGAUCGAGGCACUUAGAAUCCUGUGGCAGGAAAAUUUUCCGAGAUACCUGAAAUUUUUGACCGAGAACAAAAAGCCGAGGGAGAUCAUCGUGCUCUCACAACCCAUCACGCGCCCUGGCUACGUGAAGCGCCUCGUCUCCCGCAAGGUUCCCGGAGGCCGAAACAUACCGUCAUUUCUCCUGUCGGGCUUGUUUUGGGCUGUGAAUCAGUUCUUCAGCGGCUUGCACCUCGACGGCUUUCCGGUGUUGCGGGAUACAGUGAACGAAAUUCAGAAUGGAAACCCCGAACUGCAAGGGAUUCGAAUCUAUCCACUGCAAAAGUUACUAGCACCGCGCUGCUCGUACUGUAGCCUGUCGCCAAGACACCUAGACAGCCAUAUGUCGAGGGCCUUUUCCGGCCAGUGUCUUUGAUUUCGGUCUUUGGGAAAGUAUUUGAGAUUCUUCUGGAUAGGAGACUCAACAUUUUUUUGGAAGGUCAUUCCUGGGACGGCCCAAAAGUGCUUCCAAAAUUGAGCGAGCCUGUGCUGCCGAUUAACUCGGUGGCCUACAGGCUAGCUUUCUUCAAAGAGAUGAGCGCGGCGAAGAUUCUCAGCCACCUGUUCACCAGCCACAAGACACCAAGCGGAGAAAGCAUCAAGAAAAAAUGGUUACUGUUGAAUGACAAUGAGGCAGGGUUCGAUGUAGUUAGGCAUUUGACAACGAUAGAAAUAAUGAAGGAACUGAAGGUGCCGGAAGACAUCACUUUUGCAACACUGGACUGGAUGCAUGGAAGAAAAUUGAAGAUAAAAACAGGAAAAAACACAUGGAAUCUUUCUCCUGGCAUGCCCCAAGGCUCGCCGUAUAGUGGUGGAGUCUUUAACGUGCAUAAUAUGCGGAUGUUGCAGAUUAUGAGUAUAGAGAAUGCGCCACCAUAUGGCGAACAAAAUCAGUAUAGUGAUGAUAAUUCACAACAGGGCGUCGGGGAGAAGGAGGAGGCGGAUAAUGUGAAGAAGAAGCUGGUGGAGACUGGGAGGAAGUUUUACAUUUUUUUCGAAGAAAGCAAAGCAGUAGCAAUUUACUUCGAGGAGGGUAAGAACCAAAAAACGGUAGAGGAGGGCCACGCGGGGAGGAGCCUGGGCUUUUUCUUCGACGGCACCUGGACCAUGGAUAGUCAUUUUGCGGAAACGAUGCAGAAGGGGAGAGUUGAAAUAUCUACGGUGUCCUCGAUACGGAAUUUGAAAUUCUCGAAGCGGGUGGAUAUUUUUAGAGCCCUGGUAUACUCUGCUUUUAGUUCUAAUUCUGUGCCCCAGUAUAAAUAUUUUCGUCAAAAUAACUGCCAAAAAAUAUCAGUUGAGGUGGCAAAGGGCCUGAAGACUAUCGCAUACCUACCGGCGCACUGUCCGAGUGCAGUCUUGUACCACGCCGCGGGGAUGCCGGACAUCCAGAGCGAGAUUAUCGCGAACUCAAUGCUGAUUUUUUGGAAAGGAGUAGCUGUAGGCUCCUGGGAGAGGGGGAACAAGGAGGAAUUACUCAAAAAGUAUCCGAACAUUUUUAGCAAACAAGAAACAGUACAGCACUACUUUGAGUUCCACCACCACGCGCCCUACAUUGACUUGAUGCAGAUCGCGGCCUACAAGUUCUUUGCCCUCUUUCAGGCAGUACAGGUCAAUCACAAGCUGAGGAUAGGGCGGGUUUUCUGGAAAGGAGUAAAUCUGGAAGUGAAGGACAUGGACAGGAUAGGUGAGGAGUACGGGUUUGGACCACUAUCAGCUCUGCAGGGUGAGAAGCUUGACCAUGCUAGGAGGACGAUUGCGAAGGAGCAGGACGCGAUGUGUAGGACUUUGAUGCGGAACUUUCGAACGGUAAUAGUAUCAGCAGUCGACGGAACUGUGAACAAAGGCAUAAAUCUCGGGGCGGGGUCCGGGUUAUCGUGGUGGCGGGGCGGCAAGAUGCAAGACGAUAAAUGGAUACCGGGUAAAGGUGAGGCUCUACCUAAGCCUAUUGUCACAAGUUUUUGCUAUAUCUUUUCACCACUGCAGGUGCUACUGAAGGUAGAUUCAUUUGAUAGUGAAAGUAGAGGCGCUAUUCACCAUCUGAAGAAACUCAUCCAGGCUAUCAGGUGCGAACUAUACCCGCAGGGGGAGAUACGGGAAGAAAUGGUAACUGAUUUUUAUUUUCUCCAAGACUCCAACUCAGUUGUACAGGCACUCGACGCUUAUGGCGAUCGCUCGAACCCGGCGGCGCACAAGAUUGCUAGGAUGCUGGAGGACCUUCGCGACUUGGUGAACGGCAGUGAAUUUUCCCCGCCAGAGAACGAAGCGCGGUUUCACUGGUAUUGGACACCAGCACACAGCGGUGGCGUACUAAAUGACCACGCGGACCGCCUAUCGGAAGUAGCAAUGGAAGCAUGGAACGCGGGGAGGAGGAUAAAUAGUGAUGGAGGGAUCAGUAAUCACUACAGCAAGCUCCUAACAGUGCCGAUCAUGCGUCGACUUGUUCUGGACAGGAUAUUAGGGGAUCUUCUAGAUAGAAAUAAAACAGUGUCCGAAGAUUUUAAGAAUCGGCGGAAGCUGCUGGGGCCGUUUCGACCAGCAACAGGAAUACUCCCAUCCAGAGAGGCUGAGAUUGUGUAUUUCUGGAUCUUCUUGGGGAUUGCACCCCCCCGGCAGUUGGGUUGUGGUGAAAUGUUUUACGAGGAGCAAGUGUUUAGACAAAAGUGUUUGAAGUGUGAAAAAGUUACUGACUGCUGUGUGGAUCACGUUUUGUUUCAUUGUCAGGAACUGAAAGAGCAGCGAAAGGCUAUUUUUGGCCACGACUUCCUACCAUCUACGCUGGGGCGGGAAUACAUUAAAAAACCAAAGUUGGUUCUUAGUUAUGUAGUGGCGGCGAAGUUGGUCAAUUCCUUCUACUGCGAACAAAUCGAGAAACAGCUGCGGAGCAACAAGGUGGCGGAGAAUUGGGACAAGCCGGAAAAACACAAAAACAAGAUGCGGAAUGUAGCGCCGAAGACUGAGACGCAGCAGGAUUUUUUGAACAACACGCACCCCUUUCGCCUCAUGCGGGAUCGAGAAAGGCGGAACGUAUUGCACUGGGGACCGACAUCGACGUGCGUGGGCGUCAAAACCGAAACAAGUGAGGAUGUGUCAGUUUUGGACUGGGUGUCUUUUACGUCGUAAGAGCGAGACUUGACAAGCAGAAGGCUGGACCUGCACUACACAACAGGGCCAGAACAUGAUGAAGAAGUAGAAUCAAUUUGCGAUGGUGAGGCGGUGAAGCGAAAUGGGAGCCACUGCGUGCAGUUCUUGACCGCUAUUUGGAGGAGGCGAGGUGAAGAAGAUGAGUACAGCUUCGUGCGAGAAGUGUAUGCAGUGGCGCUACAGCUUUGACUGAAGUAUCUUUAGUACAAGAAAAGAAAACAAACUACUACGAGAGCUCUGUCUUUUUUUUGAGAUGCUUUUGACAUUUAUCGCAGCUAUCUUUUUUUAGAGAAAAGCUCAGGCAGAUUGCAGCAGGGCAAGAUCGUUCGAGUGGGGGCGCUAGGUGGACCGGGACACCGGAACCUGCUCGGGUAAAUGAUCAAAGAGUGCUUAUGUAAAUAGCCUGAGCUUGGUAUUCUAGAAAGAUAGCGAGUAGUGACACUGAAGAGGAAAAUUGGAAAUAUAGGCGCGUAAAAUCCAUGAAAGCGAGUUGACUGCCACGGACCAAGGAUCAUCGCGGAGGUGUUCGUCAGCAGACGUGACGAUCUAAAGAUGAAAGCCAGUAGAAUGCUUUCUGCUAUUGAAAUUCUCUGAGCUGAGAUGGGUCUUUUUUUCGGCACCUGGCUCCGUCUUUCCGUAUCUUAUUGCUACUGUUGUGCAUUAUCUGCUGCUGUAUGAGAUCUGCCGUCACUUAUGACUAGUGUUUUAGUGUGGCCUCUUUCUUCUCCACUGUUGAAAGAUAGACUUGGUCAUGAGUAUCGCAGUGAUUUUGUAGUGAUGAGGUGAAUCUCAAUGGAUGUCAGGAAAGGCAAAUAAGUAACUUUAGAGAAAGCAAAUAGCAAAAAGCAUGUCCGGGGAAGAACAACGGGCAAGGCAGCAGCUGCAAGCGGUGGAAGGGACUACUACAUGGACGAUCACACUCCUGCCGAAACCAGAUGACCAGCGAAAUCCAGCCGACUAUCACACUAGACCAGUGGCACCACGACCACAACUACCACAGCGAGCGUUGCGUCCGCUCCUGCAAAUGGAUCGGGACGUGCCCAACGUGGCGGGAAUUCCGAUGGGGGUGCCGUUCAAUGCGAUUGCGGCGCUACUACUAGGACAUGAAGAAGAAGAUCAGGAACAGAAUGGGGGUGGAGGAGGCCUAGAUCAUGUUGAAGCUGCAGUGCAAGAAGCAGAUGAACGCGCACUACCAGCUUCGAAAUUAUACAUGAGAAUCAGGACGCAAAAGAGGAGCAGGCGACUAGCAUAACAUGAACCACUACCAUGAGGAGACGACGAAGGAACAAAGUGCAGCUCUAAGAAUACAUGUGUUCGACUUUUUCGCAAGUCUGCCUCUAACAUAGAAUGUGCAUAUAUACAACCAUAAUCAUGAAUAGAUGGAUUGAUAGAAUUCGACCUCAAAAUAAUAGAUGAUUUGUUUCUUCUUUUCUUUCCUUUUGUGCCCGAUAUAUUGUCUUGCUCGGAUGGUUUUCUCCUCUCAUGUACCUUUGCCUCCUAUCUCAUUGCUUCUUGUUGCAUACAUCUUUUGUUCCUAGGAUCUUUAUUUUCUCCUCACUUCCUUGUUCCCCUUUCCUCCUUCUGACGGGCUCUUGUGUGCGAGUGCGUGCCAUUCCCUGCUGAUUCCUGUGUGCUGCUUUUGUCUCUCUGGUCUUCCUGUUUUCUUGCCCCCUCUCUAGCUUUCUUUUAGCUUCUUCCCUUAUUGUAUUGGCCUAUCUCUGUCUUGCGCCUGAAUGAAUUCAUCUAUUAAUAUUCUUGUUAGAUGAUGCAGAGUCUGGGUCUCAGAUAUGGAAAGAAGAGAAGAUUAGACUCUUGAUAAAAAGAUAAAGAUAAAAUAUCCACCAGACACAGAAGUAGAGGCAGAUAAUAAAAGAGAAAAAGUCCUUGUUUUUGAACGCGAUGCAUAAAAGUGCUGAUGACGAAUGCGAGUGGAUAGAUGGGAAUCUCUGAGCUGGUGGUAAGAAAGCAGAGUCGGGUAGAGGUACACAGCUAUUUUUAUAUAUUUUUUUUUUACUUCAGAUAAUUUAAACGUAAGUAAGUAGGCUGCGUUACACAUUCAUCAAGUAUUUAAGCCUGCGAGGAGAAGAAGAGAAGAAGGAGGACAAGUAAGAAAAGAGGCGAAAGGUGCGAAUGGGUCUGCGACAUUCCUGCUAUAGUGUUGCCGCACCAUAGAAGGAUAAAAGUCAGGCUCAGGGAGCUACCAAGGCGUGCGGAGCAGGACUAUCAAUUAUGAGUGAUCAUCUAUCAUGCAUAUUGAAGGGCUGGACGGGACAGGUAUGGACGUGGAAGCGCUCUGCGCCUGACCACGUCACACAUAGCAACAGAGAUCAAACGGGCGCCGCGAUUCGAAAUUGUGCCGAUGUUGCUAUCUGGGACCGACAUGCAGACGCAUCGUAAAAUCGGGAGAAAAUAUAUAGCGACCAGUUUUAAGAAAAGGAAAAGACGCGCAACUUGGGACAGCACACUUUUGCGCAUUUAUUUCUCAUCGAGUCCAGCAGAAAGAGCCAAGGGCACUACCACCACUCCGAAGCGGCCGACCCAGGGUGGUUAGUGUCGACCAGACCGACGGCGGUAUUUUCUGCUAGGUGUGGGAUCUAAAUUUUCAAAAGAGGAAGGGAAGUAUGUCAAAUAGAAUUUACAUGAAUAUUAGUGCCUUGAGUACUAGCGCGUUUGAAAAGCCUUCAUAAGUUCUACACACCAAAUACCAAACGGAAAAAUCGACCACAGCCAAAUUUUCAAAAUUUUUUCCGGCCGGAUCGACCCGCGGACCCGGGGACUACGGUUUGCGGGGAUGAGUACGGUGCAGAUAGGCGAUUGAAAAUCUGCGCUGGGCUGCGGCGCGCGACGCCUACUGUUGGCGUUGCACCAGGCCCCUCGUCGAUUUCUAUGCCGAGCUGCCCGAAGCGGCCCCAGUUUCAUCCCGGGCAUGUAGCUACGGUGCCCAAACAAACGGCACCAAUGCCACGGCCCCCAUAGAAUUCGGGGUAACAAUUUAGCAGCGGACGCGCAAUCCAUAGCGCUUAGCUGGCUAGCCACUUGGCGCGCCAAUGGCCAAGCCGCCCCCGAUGACUGGCGGAGGCACUUUUCUGAUAGGCUUUGGGACUUGCAUGUCGUGCCGCGUCCUGUAUAUUUUUAUCCAGGUCUGGCGUCGUUAUAGCCUGGCCGGCGGUUGAACGGACCGGCGUGAACUGAGGGAAGUGUCGGCGUGGUGAAGAAAGCCGGGCGGCACUUCGAGCUUCGCAAGGAAGUUCCUACAAGAUAUCUCUGGGGGCGCCUUAAGGGGGUGCCCUAUCGAGGUGGCUGGAGGGGGUGCCCUUCGCUGCUGUGGCCGAUUUCCCCCGAUGGACCAUACCAUCGGCGGAAGGGCUCCGGGGGAAAUCGGCCACAGCAACGAAGUCCACCCCGUUCGGCAGUGCCCUUCAGCGCGGUGGCCGAUUUCCCCCGAUACGGGCUCUUGAACAUCAGAAAGCCAUAGGAACCGCCCGCGAGGGCGCUCCGGAAGCGAGCACUCUCCCUGCUCCCUGGCGCCGGUCACCAUGCCAGAAACGCCCCAGACAGUGCAUUUUCCCGUCGCUUCUCUGGCCGCAUCCCUGCGCGCCAGUUCCUGUCGAAGGUGCAGCUGCCGGCCCUGCGGUGCUGGCCCACUAUAGCUGCGAUAGGUGGCCCGCCUGGCCAGCAGAGGCCUUCGCGGCCAAAAUGCUACAAAUUGGAUUUGCUCUUUGAUAGUAGGGUCCAUGAGCGAAAUGGAGCAGAGCCCAUUAGUGAACAGAAUCAGUAUAGUCGGGCGCGCUUGUCGUGAUUUCUUUAAUGCCUCGGCGAAGGUGAGGCCUCCGCGAUGCAACAUUGGAGGCCCUUUGCAGCAGGUGGCCCACCAUUCGGCAUCCAGAUGCCCGGCCAGAUAAAUUGCGUGGCGACGACAAUGCUUGAGCCCGGUCGUUCCGAGUGGUAUCCCGGAUCGAAAAAAAAAAAUUUUAAAAAUCUGGCUGUGGCCCAUUUUUUCGUUUGGUGCCAAAGUUUUGCGUGAGAAGGUGAAGCAACCGUGCCCUACAGGUAAGUGGGAGACUGAGAUUGGUACUUACUUCAUAGUCCGCACCUCUUCCGUGCAUGAUUUGUAUAAGUUGAUAUGUAUGCUACAACCGUUGUGCCAGCCUCUGGCAAAGUACGAUCGAUCGGUUGCAAAAUAGAUAUGUAUGACAGGACUAAGAAGUAAAUAUCAUAGGUAGAAUUCUAGCGGCAAGAAUCCUACCUAUCUUCGUCUCCGCUCAUCAGUAGGAUGACAUACUCGUGGUGGGUGCCUACCGCUUUGCGCGAGCACGCUUUUCCUUUUCCCUUUUUUUUGCAUGCGGGUAGCCGUUAUAGAGGCCAAAAUCCCCUCCCGCAGGCAAAAAAAAAAAAAAAUAUUACUUCUUGCAUGUUGACAACUCUAUUUUCGGUAAUUCAGCACUGCAAAUUCAGCCCGUUUUGUUUUCACGUAGAGAAAAUUUCUUGAGCAAAAAUGCAGUUGCCACUGGAUAGUUCAAGUAGAGUACGGUAGUGCUUUUGCAGUGCAUAGAUUUACGGCAUUGAGUACCAACGACGUGCUGCGCGGAGACCAGACGCCCGACUUGUACGCCAACGACAGUUUGCAUCCGAAUUGGCGCGGCAGCGAGGUUUAUGAAUUGCAAAUAUGUCUGGGUCUGGAAAGUUGGAACUUGUGAUGCUAACUUCGGACUCUGAAAAAAUUUGUAUUGUAUGGCCAGCAAGUAGAGGAGUCUAGCACUAGCUUGUGCUUCGCCGGGAGGGCCUUUGUCAUGCGGAAUAGGCAUCAGGAAGCAAUCAGAAGAUCUGUGAUGCUAGGGGAUACAUGCAUCACAGACGUCACGGGUCAUGUAAAAUCUGCAUGACAACCUUCCAGACCUAGACAUGUUUGCAUUUGAUAAAGUUUUGGCCAGAAAGCUGUACGAUUACAUAGCCACUACUUCUACACCCUGCAAGUAGAACUUCUACCCGUAGAACUGUCACUGAGGAGAUUGGAGAUUUUUUUCAAAAAACAGCUACAGGCUGAUGUGUAAGGUUCUAGUUUUGGCAAACGCGACUACUUGUUACACAAAGUGAUUUUUUUCCGAUCUAUUGAUGUUUUGAAAAAGGUACAGGUACUAAAGACUGAGAAUCAACGAAGAAUAAUUGUCACAAUACAGUACGGAUUUAGGUAGUUUUCUGCUGCCGUUUUGUUUUGGAACACGAAGAGGAGCAAGUCGUGUAUGAUUGUGCAUCGUAGUUAGUGCCCGUGCAUAAUUUUUGGAACUUACAUUAUACAUUGUUUGAUGUGUUAGUUGAGGUUUUACAUUGUUUGAGCCGUGUUCAACAAAGAGCUUCAUGAAGAACCCUUGAGCAUAAACAUCACCACUUUAUGUGAAGGCCCGCCGACUUUUUCCCUUUUGACAGCGCAACAAGUUGUAAUCUUCAUGCUUUUAUUAUUGACAGCGCAAGUAGUAGUACUAGUCUUGAUUCUUCAGAAGCUAGUAUUGAGAUUGAUUUCUCCCCGGCCCCCGUGCCGUUGUUUUGUUAGAAAGACAAGUAUGCGAGACGUAGUAUGAAGAUGCUUGUUGUCAUCCACCAGGGCAGCAUUGCAUUCUCAUGCUUCAAUCAUCGACCAUUCAGAGUUUAAAAAAUUGAAGCGGAAGCAGAAGAUCAUGUUGUCUUCAUAAU